AUGGCAAAGUUAAAUAAACGAGUUGGAAUAGUUUGUGUGAUAUUAAUGUUGGUGAUAAGAAUAUCAGAGUGCCGCAAACUCAAAGAAGAAGAAUCCUUAGAAAGCAUCGGUAGUGGUCUUGGUGGUGGAGAAGGAUUUGGAAAAGGAGACGGAUAUGGUGAUGGUAUAAGAGGAGGUGAAGGAGGUGGUGGUGGAAAAGGUGGCGGAUUUGGAGGCAGUACGGGUAGUGGUAACGGUGGAGGAAUUGGAGUUGGUGCUGCCGGAGGCCAUGGAGGAGGCGGAGGUGUAGGAGGUGGUGGCGGAUCAAGUGGAGGUUUUGGAGGCGGCAAAGGUAGCGGUAUAGUAGGAGCAGUUGGAGGUGGUGCUGGUGGUGGAGCCGAAAGUGGCUUUAAUGGGGGACAUGGAGGUGACAUUGGAGGAGGAGUUGGUGGUGGUGUAGGAGGAAGAGUCGGGGGUGGUUUGGGCGGUGGAUUUAGUGGAGACCAUGAAGGAGGUUUUGGAGGAGGAGUCAACGGUGGCAGAAGAAAUAAUGGAGGCGGUGUCGGUGAUGGAUUUGGUGGAGGCCAUGGUAUUGGAGGAGGAGUUGUUAAUGGUGGUGGUAACAAUGGAGGAAUAAGAGGUGGAUUUGGAAGUGGUGUUGGUGCAGGUCAUGGAGGUGGCAUUGGAGGUGGAGCUGCAGGUGGUGGCGGAAAUAGUGGAAGUAUAGGAGGAGGAGUUGGAAGUGGUGUUGGUGGAGGUCAUGGAGGUGGCAUUGGAGGAGGAUCCAGUGGUGAUGGAGGUGUAGGAGGAGGAGUUAGGGGUGGUGAUGGUGGUGGUGGUGGUUCUGGAGGUGGAAUUGAUGGAGGCCAUGGAGGAGGUGUUGGUGGUGACAGUGGAAACAAUGGAGGUGUAGGAGUUGGAGGUGGUAUUGGUGGUGGAGUCGGAGGUGGAUUUGGUGGAAGCCAUGGAGGAGGAGUUGGUGGUGGUGGUGGAAAUGGUGGAGGUGCAAGAGUUGGAGGUGGUACUGGUGGUGGAGUCAGAGGUGGCUUUGGUGGAGGCCAUGGAAAUGGCAUUGGAGGAGGAUCUGCCAGUGGAAGAGGUGCAGGAGGAGGAGUUGGUGGUGGAGUCGGAAGAGGAUUUGGUGGAGGCCAUGGAAGUGGAGUCGGUGGUGGUAUAGGCGUGGGAGUCGGUGUUGGCGGAGGUCUUAGAAAAGGAGGUGGUAGCGGAGAAGGUGGCAGAUUCUAA